CAAGCCAAAAAACAAGGGUUCUUGCUCCGACACGACAACAAAUCCAGAUUCUGAGCUUUUUAGGGAAGCUUGAGAAGAGAACUUUUAGAGAAAAAUGUCGAACAUAGACAUUGAAGGGAUCUUGAAGGAGCUACCUAAUGAUGGGAGGAUCCCAAAGACGAAGAUAGUUUGCACUUUAGGACCAGCUUCUCGCACUGUUUCUAUGAUCGAAAAGCUUUUGAAAGCCGGUAUGAAUGUGGCUCGCUUCAACUUCUCACAUGGAAGCCAUGAAUACCAUCAAGAGACACUCGACAACCUCCGCACCGCUAUGCAUAAUACAGGCAUUCUCGCUGCUGUCAUGCUUGAUACUAAGGGACCUGAGAUUCGUACUGGUUUCUUGAAAGAUGGGAACCCUAUACAACUGAAGGAAGGUCAAGAGAUUACUAUAACCACUGAUUAUGACAUUAAGGGAGACGAGUCAACGAUAUCCAUGAGCUAUAAAAAGCUGCCUUUGGAUGUGAAGCCCGGAAACACCAUACUCUGUGCAGAUGGAAGCAUAAGUCUAGCUGUCUUGUCAUGUAAUCCUGAGUCUGGAACGGUUAGGUGCCGGUGUGAAAACUCGGCGAUGCUUGGUGAAAGAAAGAAUGUGAAUCUUCCUGGCGUUGUUGUUGAUCUUCCCACUUUGACAGAUAAGGAUAUUGAAGAUAUUCUCGGUUGGGGUGUUCCGAACAGCAUCGAUAUGAUUGCUCUUUCGUUUGUCCGUAAAGGUUCGGAUCUUGUUAAUGUCCGGAAGGUUCUUGGAUCUCAUGCUAAAAGCAUAAUGCUGAUGUCGAAGGUUGAGAACCAGGAAGGAGUGAUUAACUUUGAUGAGAUCUUGCGUGAAACAGAUGCGUUCAUGGUUGCCCGUGGUGAUCUCGGGAUGGAGAUUCCAAUAGAGAAGAUCUUCUUGGCGCAAAAGUUGAUGAUCUACAAGUGUAACCUUGCGGGUAAACCGGUGGUCACAGCUACUCAGAUGCUGGAGUCAAUGAUCAAAUCACCUCGGCCAACCCGAGCUGAAGCCACAGAUGUUGCAAAUGCUGUUCUUGAUGGCACUGACUGUGUGAUGCUUAGCGGUGAGAGUGCAGCAGGAGCUUAUCCUGAAAUAGCUGUGAAAGUCAUGGCAAAGAUCUGCAUUGAAGCCGAAUCCUCGCUUGAUUAUAACACAAUCUUCAAAGAGAUGAUCCGAGCAACUCCGCUUCCAAUGAGCCCACUCGAGAGUCUUGCGUCAUCCGCUGUACGGACUGCUAACAAAGCGAGGGCGAAACUCAUCAUUGUGUUGACACGUGGAGGUUCAACCGCUAACCUUGUGGCUAAAUACAGACCGGCUGUUCCGAUUCUGUCAGUGGUUGUCCCGGUCAUGACCACUGAUUCCUUUGACUGGGCUUGUAGUGACGAGUCACCUGCAAGACAUAGUCUGAUAUACAGAGGUCUAAUCCCUAUGUUGGCUGAAGGAUCUGCAAAGGCAACAGACAGUGAAGCCACGGAAGUUAUCAUUGAAGCUGCUCUGAAGUCGGCUACACAAAGAGGACUGUGCAACCAUGGUGAUGCAGUCGUGGCACUACACCGUAUUGGAGCUGCCUCAGUUAUUAAGAUCUGUGUGGUAAAGUGAGAUUUCAGACUUCUUUCAAUAUCUCAAACCUUGGCUCCUGAUGAUUGUUGGUAAUCGUAACUGAGAGUUUGGUUUGUAGUAUGAAAUAAUGUAAACAGGUCACAAUAGUUCCUGAAUCUCUGUUACUUUUAAGACAUCUAUCUCCCUUUUUUUCUAUUUAGUAUUUCAAGAUUAUGGGUCAAAGUCUGCUUCUUAUGGCUCAGUGCUGACCUUUGCAUGUAUAACACUGUUUUCUUCAUAAGCUUUGCUUAUAAAAGAUUAAGCUUUAA